UUCAGACUAUCACACUCUUUUCCAAACUCAGCCUCACGGCCCAUUACAUUCUUUUAUUUAGUCACUCUUUCCCGCUACUUCAAGUAGACUUAAUUCACCCAUCCCUCUAAUUCCUAUCCCACGGAAAAUCAACCAGACAAAAUGCGUUCUACCACCAUUUUCGCCUCUGCCUUGGCCUUCGCUGCCUCGGCUUUCGCCCAGACCGCUGGCUACGCCGUCAUGUCUUCCCCUACCGAGGGCACCAAGGUCGAGUCCGGCAAGGCUUUCACCAUCAAGUGGGACGCCGGCAAGUACACCGGCCAGGCCACCAUCUCUCUCCUCGGAGGCGCCAGCCCCACGACUCUUUCUCCCGGCCCCGUCCUGACCACCAUCGACGUCACCGCUGGCUCUUUCACCUGGAACGUUGACUGCUCGCUCGGCACUGACACGACCUACGGUAUCAAGAUCGCCUCCGUCGCCGACGCCAGCGUCUUCCAGUACUCUUUCCCGUUCGCCAUUGAAGGACCCUCGUGCGGCGCCGAGACUACCAGCCGAAGCGCUUCUGUCUCUGUCUCUGCCUCUGCCGGUGGCUACCCCACCGCUGAGGUGAGCAGCUCUUCUGUCGUCUCCAGCUCCAGCUCCAGCACCGUUGGAUACCCCACUGCUCCCGCCUCGUCCAGCAGCGUCGUUUCCAGCCCUCCCACUUACCCGACUACCGCCCCCGUGGCCAGCUACGCCGUCAACAGCACCACUAGCGCUGUUGUCGUCCCCAGCUACUCUGCUUCCGCCCCCGUCUACCCCUCGGGCAACCUUUCCAUCACCGCCAGCUACCCGGCCACCACGAUCCUGACCAGCGCCGUCGGCGUCACCCCCAGUGCCAGCGCCACCACUUCCGCCCCGGUCACCGUCGUCACCGGUGCCGCCGCUGCCAACGCGGCCGGCUCCUUCGCCCUCAUCGGCGGUAUGGCCCUCGCCGCCCUCGCCAUGUAAAGCCGUGGUUCACGUUUUCUCUGGGACUAAAGGAAAAAUGGGGAUUGGAAAUUAAUGAACUUAAUUGAAUUAGCCUGUCUGAUACGGACGACAGCUUAGGAUUCGUGGUUGUGCGCUGUGGAUCCUAGGUAAAACCGUUUGACGGAUGCGAUUUGGUAAUCGUAUAAUGCCCGCACGUUUCUUGUCAAUUACUUGAUCGGCGCCUUGUCGCAUCCUGAAUAUAUACCUUUUGAAACUACUUUCAUGACUUGCCUCGUUUUCGUGUGAUGUUUCUCUUUCUACGUGUAGCGUGAUAGAUCACUUUCAAUGGCUCUCGGUUAUAAGAGAUAGGUAUAUUGUAAACGUCGUUUCAUGGCAAACGAAACAGCGUCGAGGGCUAUAUAAGAUGUAGUUGGAAUAUGCUUCGAAAGGGAGAGCCAAGGUCGAAUAAGUAAAACAUCGGACGUCCUCAAGGUUUCAACUUAAUGACUAAGACUCCAUAAGUAAAGGUAACCAGGCAAGUAGGUUCAACCGUCAACUUUUAAGUAUAUGUCACUUCCACGUGGCCGCGCGUCCGGCUGCAUGUGUAACUUCAUUAAGG